UCUUGUUCUCCGACAGUGAUGUAGAUGAUGGCGGUAUACGUCUGUUGUUUUCUUUUGGGUCCGUCGCGUGAUUAAGUGAAUGAGUUGUGUUGUGCAUUUAUGUUCUGUUACCUCUGCUUUAAGGGAAAGAAUCAAAGUUUAAAAAAUUGUGUGUGUGAAAUUUAAUGGAAAAGGUCAUCAUAAUAUGAAAAUGAAAAAAAAAAAUCAGCAACCUCUCAAUUGAAAUUAAUGUUUUUAUAAAGCGAUAAAAUCUUUUAUGCAAGGCACUAUCUGAAAAAUUUGUUGAAAUGCCUAACAAGUUCUCAAGGAAUAAAUCAAUAAAUCAACUACAACGAUAUAAGGUGUAAUAAGAAAACUAUAAUAAUUACAUCAAUGAAUUUGUCUUUUGUAGAGUUUUGCUUAGGCUACACAUCAUUAAUACCAAUGUAAAAUAUUGUCUACUGUUGAGAAUCUUGCCGAUAUAUACAUAAAAACUGCAACGCUUCACAAAAACGCCGCUACAUUCAUUGCAUUUGUUUAUUUUACUUCCUCUACAUCACGUACGAACUACGGUUCGAUUUUAACAACCGCAAGAGUUAUUCGCAAAGUAAGAAAUACAAAUUGAGGCAAUAUCUAUUUGCAAAAACUAGCUGCUCUUACGAAAAAGCUAUUUCAAAUGUUCCGUGCUUUAAGACAAUAAUAAAUGGCAGAGAAUAGUAGGUUAACUAGUUAGAAAACAACACCUUGUUUGUUUUGUUGUUGUUCGGCGAGAAUUUAAUUGUUACAUUUCGGAUCACAUUGCCUUAACUUACAAUACGUUGAUAACCGGUAUAUUAAUGUGUGGCACAUAGUGGAUAUACGCGAAUAAUAUUUACCCGAGAGAGAGAGAGAGAGGAGCAGAGAAUAGGAAAUAGAUAAACAGCGACCAAACAACAAUUCUGACAAGCACAUACUUACCAACAUUCACUCUGUGGCGCGACAGAGAAAUGCGAGGGAGAAGACCGUAAGUGACUAACAACUUUCCUGCUCACCACAGAUAUAAUGAUCAGUAGUAAUCCAGCAUCUGCCGGCGACGAUAAACUCGCAAGUGAUGUGAAAGGCAAUAUGGUCUCUGGUAACCACAUACACAGCGAAAAGGUGGAGAACAAGCAGCGAAAUUUUCAGCAGCAAAACUGUGACAUACUUUUAAAUACUUUUCAAAUUAAAAAGAAACGCUAUAAAGUACUGCUUAACUGUGAUCACAUUGUGUGGGAGCGAUUGGAGUCGAAACACAGCAGCGCCUCGAAAAAUGCGAGACACAGCGAAAAGACGCCAGCAUCUGCGCUACCUGUAGUGAAUGAAGCGGCAGCGCAAAAAGAAGCCGAGUACGAACGAGAACAACUUUCUCAAAGGGCAACCUAUGGAAGCCUUAGCAAUGUUGUCCAUUUACGUGAGGUUGUACGUGUAGCCAAGGGCAGCUCAAAAUCGGCCACGGUACGUAAUGCUUACCAAACUCUGGAACAACCAACACGAGAAGCACAGGGUCAUGCCACGCCCACACCUACCGAUCAAUACCUGUCAGUUUAUUACGCCGAGCGCAUUGUCGCUUCCUCAACCGAUUGCAAUCGUUGGCACAUACGACGUCUGACGUUACACAACAAUGAUCCCUAUAUUGUGGCCAAAUGGUAUGAGAAUCUGCAGAGUCUAUUACAAAGAUACAGUGAAACGCGUGUCAAACGUUUGUUGGUGUUUAUUAAUCCUUAUGGAGGUCGAAAAAUGGGUCUGCAGAUUUUUGAGCGUUCUUGUAAACCCACUAUCCAAUUGGCUGGCAUCGAUGCCUCUUGCAUUAUUACCCAGAGAGCAAACCAAAUACGUGAUAUUCUCAUGUCCCAUGAUUUGACUCCAUUCGAUGCUGUUUGUUGCGUAGGUGGUGAUGGCACAGUCGCUGAAAUGAUCAAUGGCCUCAUAUUGAGGGCCAUGCAAGAUCGCAAUGUUUGCUUGCGCAAACCAGACGACAUUCCAAAGCCCCACCUGCCAAUAGCGAUUAUUCCCGCAGGUAGCACCGAUGCUAUAGUUUAUAGUUUGCAUGGUACAUCUGAUGCUCAGACAGCGACCAUUCACAUGGUCUUAGGCCAAAGGCGUGGUUUAGAUGUGUGCAGUAUCAGGAAUAACGACGGCAUUAUCCGCUUUUGCGCUAGUGCCAUGGGCUAUGGAUAUUUGGGUGAUGUGGCAGCUAAAAGUGAGCAAUAUCGUUGGAUGGGAACAAAGCGAUAUGAGUAUACAGGCGUCAAGGCAUUCCUGUCAAAUCGCGGCUAUGAAGCCGAGGUGAAAAUGCUCCUCAAAGAUGAUGAAACCAAAGGAACCCUAUCGCCAUCCCAGGGUGAGCUGAUAUGCCAUGCGAAUUGUGAAACAUGCCGCAAACUAGCCUCAAAUGACAUUGAUGCAGACAAACCCUCAUCAUCACAUUCUUCGUUGCAUCUUCAGCAUAAAAUGGAAACUAAAAGCACCAUUGACAACGAACAUUCCCGCAAUCUCGAUCGCAAUGACUCUGACAAAGAUUAUUCCAACAAACCCAUGGAGAAACAGACGCAAAUAAAGGCUUUAAUUAAGGAGGACUACGAUGAUGUCAUCACCUCGGACCAGGAACGACCUAUAUCACCUAGCAGUACAUCAACAAGUAGUGAUAAUGCACAACAACCUCAAUAUCUGCAGGUUGCAGCCAGUGACUCACAAUUUGGAAACAACGUGCCAAAAUGGCGCAUCAUACGGGGAGAGUUUUUCAUGAUCACAGCCACUAAUAUUACAUGCGCCUGCACCCGAAGUCCAAAUGGCAUGUCCAAGUACUGUCACUUGGGCGAUGGUCACCUGGAUGUUGUGUUGGUACGAAAGACUAACCUUCUGAACAAUGUACGAUUUGUGAUCAACACAAUGGGUCGAAAUGGCGACAUUCGUAACUUGCCCUUCAUUGAGGUUUAUCGCACAAAACAGUUCAUUUUUAAAGCAAAGCCCAAUAUAACACCACAAGAUUACAACAGUAUUCGAGGAUCUUGCCAACCCAUUGCCGACUCAUAUGCCGAAGCAGAUGCGAAUAGACCAGAGGGCUUAUACUCCUCCUGGAAUUGUGAUGGUGAGGUCAUAAAUGAUCUGGAAAUAACCAUUACCUCACAUCGACAACUAAUUGAUGUCUUUAUGCGUGGUCCAUACAUUUACAGCAAACCAUCGUUAAAUAAUUCGGAUAACAAAUCAAUAUUCUGCUGUUGUCACUCGGAUACAUAAGAAAUACUAACGUACACAUAUGGAUAGAGGGCGCUAUUUAAUCCAUGAUUAUAUUAUAGAUAUACAGAUAUUAUAGAUAUAGAUAGGUAGAAAUUAUGUGUGAUACAAUUUAAGGCUGUUUUUACUUCAUUGUUUGUAUAGUUCAGUUAUAAUGUAGAAUAGAAUAGAUUAGUAAACAAGAUUGUAAAUCGUUUUAUAUAUAACACACGAAUAUGGUGAUUUGUUUUUUUUUUGUUAUUUUAUGUACUAAACUAUAAUUCCCAAAAUAUUAUAUUUCUCAAAGAAACAAAUUACACAUUGUCUUAGUGAUAUUAAAAACAGAAAUUAAUUACGAUUGCUGGAUUUAGUAAACUUAACAUUCCCCUUCGUAUGUAUUGGCAUUUUUAUGUAUCAAUAAACAAUUUAUUAAUAUAACACAUAGACUGCAUAUUCAUUACAAUUGUUCGUAAGUUUUCAAAGAGAACAUUUGCAGGGUGUGAGAUAUCGCAAACUGGGCUCAGCAUUUUUUUCGUUAUUUUUUCUUUUUAAACAAACGUCGAAGAUUAAGGUUAUUGCAUGCGAGAACCAUGUUAGCUCUGCUGUCCGU